GCCUUCGAAAAUCAAAAUCAAUGUAGUCCGCUCGCUCGGCUCCCUUGGUUCGCUCGGAUUGCCCACGCCCAGCAUCCAUAGUCCAUACUCCUCGUCUCGUUCGAGCCGCGCGAAUUAACCCACCACCUCCCCAGCCCUGUCUUGUUUUUCUCUCUCUCCCCUAGUUCGCGAGUAUGUGACGAAUAAGCCGUGAAGAACACGGUCUGCUCUCUCCUCCUCAUCUCGACAACUCUACCUCGGGAUCAUCUUCAGGAACGAGAAUCCCAGUCUCGUCUACCUUGGAUCCCAAUCUUCCUCGUUUUCCUCCACUUUUUCCCAGCUUAUCCAGCACCGACGUUCACGCCGCCGCCGCCGCUGCCGCCACCGCCUAUACCGUUGAAGCCUGCUCCAUCGGCACUACCUCGACCUCCUCCUCCUGCUCCUCAACCUCCUCCUCCUCACACUCCUACACUGUUCCAUUACCUCCCAUUCGUCCACUCCGCGUUAAUGUGCACGUUGCACGUAUUACUUUUACGCGCGUCACGCCGCUGAUAGCCACAGCCUUACUGCCGAACAGCAGUAGGCAUGUGAGAGUGUCGCUGGACAAGUUCCUGGAUUCAGUUUAAAUUGUGAAACUGAUCUGGGGCCUCGUGAGUGAUCCUACUGAGAUACGUCGUCCUUGAUUCACCUACCCUGUGCGUGUGCCAAUAAAUCCUCUGUAGGAUGAGACCGUACUACGAGCUUCCAAGGAUCCGUUCUGCACGAGGAUACACUGCUUCAGGGAAAAUCUGCCUCAGAACGUUAACCUCCGUUAAAUCGAGCAUGCCAUGCGCACUUGAGGGAUGGAUACUCGUGUUGCCCACACGGUGCAACAUGCAUAGCCGUACACUCGUCGCAUCUCAUCCGCUUCUCCAGGAAGAUCAAAUCUUAUCAUGUUCGAUAAAGGAUUUGAGACAUUACUGAAUUCGAUGCUUUUCUCGACAAGAGCAAACCUCGUGGGAUGUAGUUGACGUUGCUUCUCCUUCGAGAGAGCGUGAGCGAGAGGGAGUGCGAGGGAGGGCUAGGGAGAGGGAGUGCAUGUGUGCGUGAAAGGGGGGGAGAGAGAGAGAGAGAGGGAGAGCGAGGUAGGAAGGGGGCGAAGGAGAGGGAGUGAGUGCAAAUAAUAAGGGUAGAAAAUCGAGGAGUAACAGAGAGAGAGAGAGAGAGAGAGAGAGAGAGAGAGAGAGAGAGAAAAGCAAGGACUGGAGGAUAGCAUGCACAGGGAAUCGUUCUAACAGAGCAGAGAGUCUGACAGACAUGAACGUAACUCCGAUGAAUCUAACCCUGGACAAUGACAGCUUCUUCAGUGGCAACGAGUCCGACAGUACGAUAGCCGUCCAUCGUUACUCUGUCGUAGAAAUAGUGAUUAUCACUAUUGUCGCCUCGUGUCUAAGUCUCAUAACCGUAAUUGGCAAUAGCAUGGUUAUGAUUUCUUUUAAAAUCGAUAAGCAACUUCAGACGAUCUCAAAUUACUUCCUCUUCAGUCUUGCCGUAGCCGAUUUUGCUAUCGGUCUAUUCUCAAUGCCCUUGUUCACUAUUUCUACCGUCCUGGGCUACUGGCCCUUGGGUCCUCUCGUAUGCGACACGUGGCUGGCCCUUGACUACCUCGCGAGCAAUGCCUCCGUCUUGAAUCUUCUUAUCAUCAGCUUCGAUCGGUACUUCUCGGUCACGAGGCCCCUCACUUAUAGAGCAAGAAGGACUACGGUUAAGGCAGCGAUUAUGAUCGCCAGCGCCUGGGGUAUUUCAGCAGUACUCUGGCCACCCUGGAUUUACGCCUGGCCGUACAUCGAAGGGAAGAGGACUGUGCCAGACGACGCGUGCUACAUUCAGUUCAUCGAAACUAAUCAUUAUAUCACAUUCGGUACUGCCAUCGCUGCUUUUUACGUACCAGUCACAGUUAUGAUUAUCCUCUACUGGCGGAUAUGGCGCGAAACCGAGAAGAGACAGAAGGACCUGCCAAAUCUUCAGGCUGGCAAACAAGACGCAAGCAAGCGAAGCAAUUCAAGCGACGAAGCCUUGGACAUGGACGACUGCAAAAGACCACGAAGUGAGUCGAGCACGGGCGCCGACGAGAUUAAUUCCUCGCACAUCGCAGCGUCCUACAUGGACAACCAUUAUCCGCAAUACAAGUCUCAUCGGCCACUAACGUGGACCUGGCUGAAAAUGUCGUGUAUCGCGUGGUGGCACAGCGGUCGAGAAGACGAGGACGAGGACGAGGAAAUUGGGGGACCCGAGAGCAGCCGAACGGGUCACGGUUGCGAGGAGACACUGACGCCUCUGUCGGCGGAGACGCCACUUACCGGGACGGUCUCGAGGUGCGCCUCGCUGAGCGUCAUCCAGUCGACGGGAUUGGCCCUCGAGAAGGUGACGCCGAACGCCGUGGAGCAUCACGAUUACAGGGCUGCCAACCGAGCCGGGGAGCUGAGCAACGAUUCGGUGUACACGAUACUGAUCCGGUUGCCAACCGACAGCACGUGCUCGAGCAAAUAUGGCGUCGAGAGGCCCAGCAUAAAGAUGUACCACGACGACAUAAUGGCCUUCCGUUUGCGCAACGCUGUGGAGGGCGCUGAGGUCGAUGACGAGGAAGGUAUCAGGGUGCUUCAGCUGGCCGACGACCUCAUGACCAAACAGUCGACAGUCCUGAGACGGCCCUCGCAGAUACCGGACAUACGUAUUCCGCUGAACGCGAAAAAUAUCCCUAGGACGGUAGGGGGCAAGGGGUUGCUGAACAAGGCGCCGAUAAAGAAGAAGAAGAAGACGCAGGAGAAGAAGGCGGACAAGAAGGCCGCCAAGACGCUGUCGGCCAUAUUGUUCGCUUUCAUUAUCACGUGGCUGCCGUAUAACAUCCUGGUCCUCCUGAAGCCACUGACAACCUGCGUCGGAUGCAUCCCCCAGGAGCUCUGGGACUUUUUUUACUAUCUUUGCUACAUCAACAGUACCGUGAACCCCGUGUGUUACGCACUCUGCAACGCCACCUUCAGGAGGACCUACGUGAGGAUCCUUAAGUGCAAGUGGCACAGUAGAAAUAGGAAUGCUGGUAAUCGGGGGUACUACCCUUAAGUUUGCGCGAUGAACAUUUUGGAACGUCGCGUACACAAAGUAAAUAUUAAAUCCAGCCCGUGUGUCACUUUACGAUUUUUUAAGGUAAUGGAGUUUCAGUUUAUAUGCGUCUAGACGUCUUUCGUCGUGUCAGGUUUCGUUUAACACGAGGACCUGCUGCCACUUUUUUGCUACGUGGGUUCCUUGGACACGUCCUUACGACAUCCUCGAGACGGCCCACCCGCUAUUUAAUCGUUGACGCCUUGGACGAGCCUCGAGUCUUCGUACUGGGUCAUCACGGUGCGCGACGUCCAGUGAGGAUUCAUAGGCUGAUGAUCCCUGAACGAGGACCUGUCGACUGCCGUCUGCGGAUGCUGCUGAACGUUGAAGGCUGCAUCCUUGGAAACGUUUGUAUCUACGUCCGGGACUUGGAUAUGUCGUUGGAUCAUCCUAGGGGCCUGUACAAGGAAGGCUGUAGGAUACAAUUGUAUCCGGUCGACAACGCACAACCGCACAAGGAAAUUAAUCUUGAAACUUUUAACGAAUUUAAUCAAGAUCAAUUGGGAAGGAGCAUGACAGAUGUAUACCUUCAGAUCCGUAAUGGAUAUAAGAGAAGAGGAAGUAAAAACAACGUACGUCAUAUACAGACAGUGGGACAAACUCUAGAGACACGUUUAAAGUGCGUCGCCAAGUGUUAGGGGUGAUUCAGGGUGAAAAAGGUGAAGAAAAAAAAAAGAAUAAAAAAUCGAAUGCUUCCGUACCGAAUGACAUUCUAAUUAAACGUGCCAAACAAAGCUUUAAGAAAUAACUCGGGUGGGGUGGGCUCUGGGAAUCGGGGUUUUUUGGGGGUAGGGUAACGAGAUGGUGUUACGUGGAAUUUGAAAAUUACCAAAACGAACGAAAUUAAAUAAGAUACGAAUAAUACAAUGGGAUUGGAAACGGAGAUCGUUAACGCGUACAUGGGUUAAAGAGGUCGGAGGUGGCGCCGAUUGUCGAUUUGAAGAAAUGGAAUUGCGAAUUGAAAAUUAAUUAAGUGACAUUUUGCUGAGCCGAUCGCGAACCGAUUAUUUGGCUCCGAUCGGUCCAUUUGCCGGUCCCAUUUUGCGCACAAACGCAAGCGCACGCCUUUGACGUGCGCUCGCGCGUUCACACACGGCAUAUACGUAAAUACACGUACACACUUUUCAUCGGCGAGGUCAUUGUGACGUCAUUAACACUCUAUAUACAUAUACGUAUACAAAAAUAUACUCCAGCUCUCACACACCGAUGCGUACACGUGACCGCGAGUGAUAAAACACACGUAUGUGAAUUACGUGCAUCCACACUUUACCGAACACACGAAGGAUAACGUAUGUCGUACUUUUUUUAAACUUAGAGCAUUGUAAACACCGAUGUACUCAGUCUAUGUUUAUAUACGUGUUUUAUAUUAACGAGAAUUAAAGAAUUACGAGUAAGAUACCA